CACCUCCGAUGAUUAUCCCCGCCCGCUUCUUUGAACCCUCGACGAUUUCUUCUCUCCGUCGUCUCUUCCAAUCCCCACCCAAUUGAGAGCUCCGCUUCACUUCCUACGGCAGAGGGGGUUUUUGUUGAGUCGUGGAUCUUAUAAACUGCAAUUUAACCUUUUCAGUAGUUCGUUUUUCACGCCAAUCUUGCAAUACACAUGUCUGAUUCCAACGACGACGAGACUUCCUCAGAUUCUGAGAACAAUGGUGAAGAGUAUGAUGGGCCUGAAGUUCAAGUAGUUACUGAGGAAGAUCAUCUACUGCCAAAAGGGGAGUAUUUCUCGGCUGCAUUUGCUUUGGGUAGUUUAAAUUCCAGAGCUUCUGUGUUUGACGACGAAGAUUAUGAUGAGAUAGAAGAACAAGAGGAGGAACACGCGCCAGUUGACAAAUCUUUUGUUCCUGAAGAGAGUGAACCAGUUGUCUUGAACGAGGAAAAAGCCGUGGAGUAUGAAAAAGAGGCUUGCAUCUUGGGAAACGAGGAUCAGAUGGACACAGGAGAUGUCCAGGAGGAGGAGUUGGAUGACAUUUCAGAAGGUAACUUGGAUAAGAAAAGCGUCACCCCACUGCCUACAUUGUAUCUGGAAGAUGGUAUGGUCGUCUUCCAAUUCUCUGAGAUAUUUUCUAUUCAAGAGCCGCGGCGGCAGAAACGACACAAGAGAAAAUUCAGAUGUAUCACUUAUAGAGACAAGUACCUAUCUAUGGAUAUUUCUGAGCUUGUUGAAGACGAUGAGGAAGUACUUCUGAAGAGCCAUGGCAGGAUUGACACUCAUGUGAAAGAACCUGAUCUAAUUCAGCUGGAUGUUCCCUUUUCAAUCAGAGAGGGUUCACAGCUGGUUAAAGCUGGUACAGUCAGGGGGACUACACCAGAAUCAAGAGAAUUUACCAAGCUAGGAAGCGAUUCAUGUAUCACGGAUGAACUGUUGAAGCAGGACUCAAAAAACAAUAAUUCAUCUCUUUGCCAGUCCCAGUUAGAAAUGGAAAUUUUCCCUCUUGACCAGCAAGAAUGGGAACAUCGAAUACUCUGGGAAAAUUCUCCUGAAUUUAGUGGUAAUUCUGGCGAGAGCUUCAAAUCUGGAAUUGAGUCAGAAAGUAUGCUGGUUCAGGUAACAAAUUCAGAGACUGAACAAGAAAGCGUAAAUGUGAUGAACUCUGGAGGGAAAGCUCAAGCUGACAAUGAUACGCUCAUGCCUUUUAUUGUAAAUCCCUUGGAGUCUUUUGGCUCAAGAGGUUCCCUGUCUACAUAUGAGAUGACUAAUAAACGUACACAUCAUCCACAACUUCUAAGGUUAGAAUCCCACUGGGAUGAGGGUCAUCGUAGUGAAAAUGACAAUACUGGAGGGGAAAAUAUAAAGUGGCUUAAUGGUGACGUUCUUGGGGGCUUGAAUGGAUUUGAAUUGCAAGAUAGGGAUAUGGGGGAUGAGGCAUGGUUAGAUAGCAUAAUAUGGGAAUCAGAUAAAGAUAUAAGCCGGUCUAAACUAAUAUUUGAUCUUCAAGAUGAGCAUAUGGUCUUUGAAGUUCCGGAUAAUGAGGAAAGUCUUCAACUUCAUUCCCGAUCUAUGAUUGUAUCCCAAUCUUCAAAACCCAAGGAUGGAACCUCUCAAGAAUGCUGUGAAUCAAAUUCUGGGUGGCAAUUCAAUAUUUCUAAUGACCAAUUCUAUACAAAUGGGAAAAGCUCUCAGCUGCAAGGAAAUGCUAAGAAAUAUGGCGAACAUAGUUUGAGAGUUUUUCAUUCAGCACCAGCGAUUAAAUUGCAGACGAUGAAGAUUAAACUGAGCAAUAUAGAGAAAGCAAAUUUUCACCGGCCCAAAGCUCUGUGGUAUCCACAUGACAAUGCACUAGCCAUCAAGCAGCUAAGAAAUUUACCCACCCAAGGAUCCAUGAAAGUUGUAGUGAAGAGUCUGGGGGGUAAAGGAUCACUACUACACGUUGGUAGAGAGGAAUCUGUCUCUUCAUUAAAAUCCAAGGCUUCUAGAAAGCUAGAUUUUAAGGACACGGAAGCAGUGAAGAUGUUUUAUAUGGGAAAGGAACUUGAGGAUGAAAAGUCUCUUGCUGAACAAAAUGUUCAACCAAAUUCCUUGGUCCAUAUUUUACGUACUAAGGUACAUCUGUGGCCAUGGAAGCUACCUGGCGAAAAUAUAUCCUUAAGACCUCCUGGGGCAUUCAAGAAGAAAUCUGACCUAUCUACUCAAGAUGGCCAUGUUUUCUUGAUGGAGUAUUGUGAAGAGAGGCCAUUGAUGCUCAGCAAUGUAGGAAUGGGUGCAAAUUUUUGCACGUAUUAUCAGAAGUCAUCCCCAGAGGAUCAACAUGGGAACUUGCUACACAACCAAAGAGACACCUUAGGGAGUGUGAUGAUUCUAGAACCUGGGGACAAAUCCCCUUUCCUUGGGAAAAUACACAGUGGUUGCAGUCAGUCAUCUGUUGAAACAAACAUGUACAAAGCACCUGUUUUUCCUCAUAGGCUGCAAUCAACAGAUUAUUUGUUGGUCCGGUCUGCUAAAGGAAAGCUCUCUAUAAGGCGUAUUGACAAGAUAGUCGCUGUUGGACAACAGGAACCGCGAAUGGAAAUAAUGUCUCCUGCAUCAAAGAAACUACAGACUUAUUUGGUGAACAGAAUGAUGGUCUAUGUGUAUAGAGAGUUUAAGCUUCGCAACCGUAUUGCUGCAUAUGAGCCGUCUUUCUUAUUUUCAAACUUAUCGGAUGCAGUCAUCAGGAAGAACAUGAAAGUUUGUGCAGACUUGGAGAGGGAUAAAAAUGGCAAGCCUUACUGGUCCAAGAUACGUAAUUUUGACAAGAUUCUACCCGAGUUGAAAAAUCUGGUGGCCCCAGAGGAUGUGUGUUCCUAUGAGAGUAUGCAAGCUGGGCUGUACCGGCUCAAACAAUUAGGGAUCACCCGGUUUACAUUGCCUGCUAGCAUAUCAACUGCACUGGCUCAGCUCCCAGAUGAAGUUACUACUCUUGCUGCUGCAUCACGUGUUGAGAGGGAGUUGCAGACUACUCCAUGGAAUCUAAGCCGUAAUUUUGUUAUUUGUACAACUCAGGGCAGAGCAAAUAUAGAGCGAUUGGAAAUUACUGGAGUUGGCGAUCCCUCUGGACGGGGUCUAGGAUUCAGCUACGUCCGAUCUGCAUCAGAUUUUCUUUUCGAUGACUGCGUCAACUCAUCAGUUCUCGCAUGUGUUGACAAAUUUGUAUCAUGUAUCCUCCUCAAUUGGCAGGUUGAUAAAGCUAUUUUGAAGACCCCCAGAGGUAAACAGGUAAAAGAGAUCAGCAAUCCUGUAGGCAAGCUGAAGAAUAUCAAAAUACUGAAGGUAAACCAAAAGGUAUUCAAGGGGGGAAAAACAGCAAGAGCGAGCUUCGUCUGUGGAGCAUGUGGUCAGCAUGGACACAUGAAAACCAAUAGACACUGCCCAAAAUACAGAGAAAAUACAGAAUCGCAUCUGAAAAGUAUAGAUAUGAAGAAGUCUGCUGGAAAACCAAGUUCAUCAGAUCUAUCAGGCGAGGUCUGGCUGAAACCUAUUGAGAACAAGAAGACUGCUCCAAAAAGUGCAACAAAACUUUCUGUAAAUGAAGCUGCGAAAAUAGGUGAUUCAACUUCCAACACCUGGGGUCUCCCCGCUGGAGGGUUGAUAGAUAAACGCUGUUCAGAAACUCCAGGAAAUUCUGAGCUAGCAGAUGUGUCCAAUAUAGACACUGGGACUAAGUUGACUUCUAGAGUCAGCAAACUCAAUAUAUCUAGCAAGGAAAAAUUUAAAGAAUUAAAGGUUGCAUCUGACAGUCCUUCCCAAUCAUUGAGGCUCGCAAUUAGCAGAAAGAGAAGGGAGAGCGAGUCUCACAAUUCUUCUGUUUCUGAAAAACUCUUACCUAGUACAGAGCCAAAUCAGGCUACAUUAAGUAGGCACACUAUUUCAGUUCCACAGCUAUCGUUAAGUAUGGAUAAAGAUCAAGCUGAAUCUUGCAGACAUCAUCGCGCUAUAUGGCCGCCAACAGAAAGAGAACAUCAGCAGAAGAAACUUGUUAUUCAACGUUCAAAAGAGAUUACUGAUCACGACAUCGGUAGUCUUAGAGACACUCCACAGUUUGAGUCCAGGACAACAAAAAGAAUAGCAGAUUUUCAGACGCAGCAGAGACUCAGAUUGUCAGAGAACUUUCUAGACUGGGGACGCAAAGAGGAAAGAAUGUGCCGGAAAGAACAAGAUAUGAGUAUGGAUAGGCACAGGGAAGGAAAGGUGAGAAGAGAUUACAAUGAUAUCACUGUAUCAGAAGAACGCAGUGAGAUAGCUGAGAUCAGAAGAUACGAAGAGGUAUUAUGGAGUGAGAGGGAGGAAGGGGAACGACAAAAAGCCAAGAAGAAAAAUAUGUUGCAACGUGAAAUAAUAGAAGAUUACCCUCGUAGAAGAUUGUCAGAAAGAGGUCAGAACAUCAGUAGCCUGUGUGUCUCUGACAUUGAAAGGAACGGGGAAGAGUAUGUACCUCAACCAAAACGACGAAAAAAAGGAGAGGUUGGCCUAGCAAACAUCUUGGAAAGCAUAGUAGACACACUGAGAGCCAAAGAAGUAAACGUGUCAUACCUCUUCUUGAAACCGGUUUCAAAAAAGGAGGCUCGCGACUAUCUUGACAUUGUGGAACGCCCAAUGGAUCUCUCGACAAUCCGGGAUAAGGUACGGAGGAUGGAGUACAGUGACCGAAAGCAAUUUAGACGCGAUGUCUGGCAGAUCAACUACAAUGCUCAUCUUUACAACGAUGGGCGUAACCUGGCAAUACCGCCGUUGGCAGAUGAGUUGCUGUUGAUAUGUGAUCGCUUGUUGGAUGAAUAUAGGCUUGAGUUAACAGAAGCAGAGGAAGGUAUAGCUUCUAGUCACUCGUAUUGAUUAGCAUUGCAAAGGCCCUACCUAAACAUUUCGACACUUUGUAAAUACGAGUAAUUUUUGUUAAUGGAAGAAAUCGCGAACCAUAAAUUAGAAAAGAAAGCAGUGUAAAAUGAGCAAUAUUGAUGUAGUUUUUGUUAAACAAAAAAAUUUCGGUGAUAAACAUGGAUUACCACUAGUUUUAUACUGAAAAAUCAAUGUAAGUAUUUUUCUCAUGUA